AUGUCAAUUGCACUAUGGUUUUGCCCUCAACAAGGUAGCACAUACUACGAGUUAUUAAAACAAUUAAUCAUGUCUAUGCAAACGUUAUUUCCUUCUUCUAUACUUUUCGAACCUCACGUAACUAUCACAACCAAUUUGAUUUGCGAAAACAAGGAUGAUGUUAAUAAGAUUUUAACAUCAUGUGUUGCUGCUAUAAGAUCUAUCGAGAAACAAUUGAGAGAUAUACACACACUACCGCUAGUAUCAUUUGACUCAUGCUCUAUAAAGAAACAAUAUUUUCAAAAAGUUAUAUUGAACUGCAAACCUAAUAAAUAUUUAUUUGGCUUAGAGAAGAUCAUGACAGAAAUGUAUACUUCUAAAAAGCCAGCACAUGAAGGUGAACAACCGAAGUUUACACCACACGUUUCAUUAUUGUAUUCUAAUGUUACCCCUGUAAGUCAAGCUUAUGUACGAAUGAUAGAACAACGUAUAGAGGAUACUUUAGAUCUAAGAUUAAAACAAGUUACAAAUAAAGAUCUUUUAACUCAAGACGAACAAGUUAAGUGGGAAUUCAGCAGAGAAUCUUCAUUGGGAUGGAACAUUCCAGGUACGUUUAAAGUUGUUAAAUGCGAAGGUCCAGUAUAUGAAUGGGAAGUAUUGGGACGUACCGAUAUUUAG